GGAAAUAUCUGUUUUCAUGACUAUAUAGAAAAUUGUAGUUAAAAUUCUUUCAAGGAUGAUUGAGAGCAGGACUACAUGAGAAAAGAGGUGAAAUUUAAAGCGUCGUUUUAGUGUUGCAAAGACCUUUGUAAUCUGCAAUUGGAGGACCAUAUUAGAGGACAGGGGGAUUUUCUGAAUACGCAUCCCAGGGAACUAGUAGUACUUUUCGUACUUUAUUAGAUAUAAAGGCUAUUACAAGGCCAACCUUUCUAGCAUCGGGUCAAUAAACGCCAGAAAAAGCUUUCAACAACGAAGAUGUCAGGUUUCUUGACCUUAAUGAAAACCCUCACAAUUGUCCUUGUCCUAGGAAUGCAACUUUGCGUCAUCGAGUCUAGGCACUAUGGAAAUCAAAAGAGAUUUACACAGGAAGAUGUAUGCAAAGAAACAGUAAAGACUGUUGAAAUAGUGACUGAUUGUCCUUUCGACACAGAGAGUAUGAGAAGAAAGUCAGAGGAAAAAAAGUGUGAAGAUAUCCACGAUUCCUGUUCCAAGGAUCCGUUAGUGUAUCACUGCUUGCGGUAUGGAAACAAACUCACUGAAGUUUGUGCUCCGCGGGAUUUAAUCUCAGGAAAGUGUUGUGCUCAGUUCAACGAAGGAGUAGGUCGUGUUGUGGAAGAUUAUAAUAUCCGAUGUUCAGAGUGCCCAUUCCAUUAUUAUUCUAAUGAAUCGAUAACAUAUACCACUUGUUUUGAAUCAAUUAAAUCAAUUGGUCUUCAAAAAAUAACAUUCAUUACUCGACAUGUUAUCGCUCUUGUCACUAAAAGAAAUCCUGGAAACUCAUCGGAUUGGCAACACCGACUAAAACGGGAUGUAAAUGCAUAUGACUUUGACGACAUUGAAAUUACAACUACCACUGAUAAUUAUAAUCAUUCAAUUGAGAAAAAGAAAACUGUGACUGAAAAUGACAGUAAAUCACAUCACAUCACAUCAUGCCACGUCAUCAUGUUGCUGUCACUGGAACUAAAUAAAGGAUGUGCAUUUACAAAGGGAGUUAACUUCUCUAUGAACUUACUUGAUGAUAGUCAGUACACAUUAUCAUUUCAUAUCAUCCCGCCUGAGAAAACAGUACUUUGA